AAUGCAGUUUUGUUGUUUGUUCUCCGGUUGUGUGUGUUUAAGAUCGCGAUUGUCCAAAUAAUAGUAGCCAGUCGAUCAAAUGUUUAGUGUUACGCUGUAUCAAGUGUACCAAUUGACGCCACCGAGUUUGAGUUUCGGACAAGGCCAGUAAAGCAAGAUGGGUCGAGUUGUCUUUUAAAAGGUGUAAUUUAGUUCGAUCGACGUGGGUGCCUAAGAAGCUCGUGGAGACGCAUUUAUCCCAAUUUUAUUGUGCAAUGUGUAAAACUGUUUUCUGCUACCUAUGUGUGACGAUCGGGUAUCGUGUGUAUAAAGUGUAGUUGAAAAAUAAAGAAGAAUCUACCUAUGUUGGUGGUGUUUUAGGGCUCAAGGUUCUGAGCGCACUAAACCAGCGCGGCACGGAUUAAACAGUGCGAAAGCCUAUUUAUUGCCCGAUUGUUACGUUUAAUAAUUUGAUUGACUAUAAAAAGUGUACUUACGGGAAAGAGCGCAUGGACCAAAGUGUCGCUGAAAGAUUACAUGGGAUUGAUAUGUUGUGAUUAAAAGUGAACCUGAAAACUAACUGAAAAUUAUAUUGUGUUGAAAAAAAAAACGAUUGUUGAUUGUGAAGAUGGAAAGCGGAUUAUAGUAUGUAUCAACAGCAAACGAUACAGCGAAUCGGAUAAACCCGUGUGGUGUCGAAUUACCUAGUGAUAAAAGUGUAAAAAUCUAAUUUAUUAAAAUGGUGUCCUGUUACAACCACUUUGCGAUGUACCCGAAGAACCACAGCGGAAAUUUGCCGUAUUCCGCCUCGACGGGUUGGUACACGGGGAACUAUCAGCACCAGCCGUCGCAUCCGCAGUUCAUCGGCGACGGAGUGUCCUCUCCCCAGCCAAUGUACUACCCACACCCGCACGUAUUCCACCAGUCCAGUCCGGACUGGAGUGGGCACGAAAAUUUUUCCACGCCACCGCAAACGUCCCUACUGCCGCACGGACCAAGCCCCGGCGGCUUGCACCUGGGCCAAACGACACCGGGUCCGAACAACAACAACAAUGCCGGCGAACACUGCCCGGAUGGUCUGCACAGUAUACCGUCGCCGCCGAUUACCGUUUCCGGCAGCGAUAUGUCCAGCCCGGGAGCGCCCAAUGGGUCGUCGUCGCCGCAGAUUGCGUCCCGGCCGACGCCGGUCAAAAGUCCGUUCGAGUGGAUGAAGAAGCAGUCCUACCAGUCACAGCCCAAUCCAGGUGGCCACUAUCUUCAGCAUGUUACAACGAUAUUCAACAAUCGGUCGCUGAUGGCGUCCGCGGGGGGCGACAGCGGGUACGACCAUUUUCGCUACGCCUCGCUAGUGGGGCGAAACUGUGGCGACGAGGUCGACCGGGAUGGCGCCCACUCGCCACCAGUCGACAUGGCGCAUUUCAGCAGCCGCAAAAUGGCCGGCAGCGAUGCGAUGAUGACGGGCGGUGCAGCGGCCGCAGGCGGCAUGAUACGAGGCAAAACCCGCACCAAGGAUAAAUACCGCGUCGUGUACACCGACCAGCAGCGCCUAGAGCUGGAGAAAGAGUUCCACUACACCCGAUACAUCACCAUCCGGCGAAAGUCCGAACUGGCCCAAUCGCUCCAGCUGUCCGAACGGCAGGUCAAGAUCUGGUUCCAGAACCGUCGCGCCAAGGAUCGCAAGCAGAAGAAGAAGGCCGAAAAUGGCCCAGUCUCGCUGAACGGCCAGUCGCUGGUGGUGGCCCACUCGCAGCACAACGGUGCCCAGUCAAUGUCCAGCCUGCUGGUGGACACCAAGCCGAAACUCGAACCGUCGCUGCAUCUGUCGCACUUGCACCAGAUGAGCGCCAUGGGCAUGGGCAUGAGCUCGAUGGGGCUGCACCAUGCGCACCAUCCACUGCAUCCCCACCUGGGAGUGCCCUCCUCUCAGCAUCUGAAUCAGGGUCCCGGCCCGCAGGUUCCACCGGGAUCGUUAAGUAUAAUGUGAUGUGGUUCGUUCGAUUAACUUAUUUCUUUGGUUCAUAUAGAUUCUAGCGAGUAGAAUGUCUCGUGAAUUAACACGACCGGUGUAGCCUCGGCUUAACAAAAUAAAUUUAGUAGGAAAUGCGGGAAUGCCUAAUUGUAGCUAGAUUCGAUAGAUACAAUGAUUUUCGUGGUAAGGGAAGGGUUCAAUAAUAGAGCAAACAGUAGAGAAGCAUCACAAUAUUGUUCCAUUUUCGAAGUCACAAAACUGCUAAGCCAUGCAAAUGGAUGAAAAUGCCUUAUUAGUGUCAGUAACAUGCAACCAUCUUAUCACUCUGCACUAUAGUAAAAUUCCAGUCACGAAACAGCCCACCCCUCGAGGAGGGAACACGGAAAAGCUUUUUAUGAAUAAUUUAUGAAGCAACACGCCCCAUUCUGGAUUCCAUUUUCGUGCCUCACAACUCCCCAGAACAACCAAACAAGUUUCCUGCUAGCCUUGUCGUGCGUCGUCGUGGUGAAUUUUAGGAACAGGUCUACUUUGAGAUUGAUCCCAAACCAAAUUGUAAUAAGCGAACCCUGUUUGAAUUUGAGAGAAGAAUAUAACAUCAACUAAGUGCAAUGUAAAAAAUGAUAUAUACUUUUAAUAAACAUAAUUUUAGUAAGGAAAAUUGUUAGUUUUUUCAUAAAUGCAACGAGUUUAGUGAAUAAGUGCAAAGCAAAGACGAUGAUGAACCUUUGUGCAAAACAAAAGUAAAAAUAAUGUAAAAAGGAAAACUACUGCAUAAACAUGCUAGCUUUUCACUGCGCUACUUAACUAGAUUGAUUGCCUGCUAAGUAUUAGACGACAAAAUAAUAUCUAUUAGAUACAACAAAACAGAUACAAAACAACAGAAACAAACCGGAAAUAAAUACACAGCAUUAUUUUCGAAUCGCAAAACCCCAUAACCGGGGCUUUUUUUCCUGUAAAUAACGUCUUUCAUGUUUCGUUCACCCCACAAAUCAGUAUUAUGUUUUCCGUAUUGCAUCUUCGGUGGAACUAUUAGGAGCCCCUCCCCCUUUAUUCUGGUGCACCUGAAGGGGCCAAGGGGUCUGUACCUAACUGUUGUCAUUGACCCGCGAAGCCACGUAGAAGGUGCUAAUUGUUUCGCAUGGUCAAGCCGGCGGGCUCUAGCAUCUUUGCGAAAUUCGAAAGGAACUUAACAGACGGUAAAGCAGAUGAGAUAGGGAACAAUUAUUCACUAUGCGCAGUCGUGAUGGACAGCAGAGACCCGUCUUUGUGCUUUUGUUGUUUUUUUGGGGUAAUAUAAGGGGUGUUUCCCACGGUUAUUAGUCGGUUGAAGAUAUGUUUGUUUCAACAAAAAAGUGCUAAAUCGAGAUUACGCUACAAUAAGUUAUGUUUUUUGUCAUUUUAUCAUUUCAAAUGUUGUAAUAAUUUGCUCAGUAAACUUUAUGCAGUCGAUCUUUACGUUAAUUUAAUUGAUAACAUAUUAUGUAGAUUAUUUCUUAAAUGUCUUGUACCUAGCGAAGAAGAAACACUUAAUUAUUGUAAGUGACACUGAAAUAAAGGUAUAAUGCUUAA